AUGUGUAACCCAUCUAUGCGAGGAAUCUCGCGCAUCACCUCCGUCCUCGGUAUGAGGCAACGGGCCAAGGGUCUGCUGCGCAGGCUGGCGCGCUGGCUCGUUGCUUCAAUCACAGGUCCGGUUCUGACCAUCGACCGCGGAACGCAAACCGCCUGCCACGGGAGUGACGGGAUCAAAGGGAAAGAGCCACGGCCAAUCGCCAGCAACGACUUUUCCCAGAGGCCCGGAACAUCUGAGUGUUUGCUCGAGUACGCCGCCACUCCACUCGCCGAAGAGCUCGCCAUGGAAGACCUGCGAACCACGUUUGCCCCCGCCCACGAGCUUGACGAGCUCCAGACCACAAGCGCGAGCAGCAGCAUGAAGGUCAUGGCGUCCGCCGGCACGCUCGCAUGCGAUCUCGGCGAGAUGGCUCUAUGUGAUGAUGCGGGCCGAGAUACGAGCAACAUCCUUUGCGCUUGGGGACUGGCUCUGGCUUCCAAUGAAAGCAGCCCCGGCGUCGUGGAGGACGACACAACGGACAUAGCUUCGACCGAUGAUGAAGCGAUGCCCGAAUCAGGAUCCGCCGGUUUCGAUGACGGCACCACCAUGAACGAGGCAGAGUCAGACGACGCGGAUGAAGCACCAGCAGCGCGAGCGUACGACUGGCGCGACGACGAAGAGCCUAUUGCAAAAUAUCGGCCCGGUGGCUUCCACCCUGUCUGUGUGGAUCAGGUCUACAACAACCGUUACCGCGUCCGUCGCAAGCUUGGCAGCGGAGCUUACUCGACGGUGUGGCUUGUGAGAGACCUUAAGGAGGGGGUGUUUCGUGCCAUGAAGGUUCUCGCCGCGGACUCGUACGGCGAGGAGGAGCACAUCUUUGAAAUAGAAAUUCUCAACCACCUCCGAACGGCCGAUCCGAACCACAAGGGCUACUCGUACAUCAACCAUCUGCUCGACCAGUUUGAACACGAGGGGCCCAACGGGACGCACGUCUGCCUCGUCUUUGAGGCGAUGGGCAUGUCGCUUCAGGGGUACGCCGAGUAUCUGCAGACCGAGUACGGUUUCGGGCCCGUUCUUCCUGACUACGCCGUCGCCUCCAUCACAAAACAGCUGCUGAUGGCCUUGUCCUACGCACACGAAAAUGGGGUCAUUCACACAGACAUCAAGCUUGACAAUAUAUUCGUUCGGUUCUCUUCCGACAUGAAGCUCAAGAUCGAAGAGGGAUUCCUUCCUGACACCUACGAGCUCGUGGACUACGUGGAGCCGAAUGAGCCGUACAGAGUGAUGCGGUCGAUGCCAAUGUACUGUUACUGGGCCGAUGGCCUGGACCAGACGUUGGACGUCCAGGUUUGCCUGGGAGACUGGGGCGUUGCGUCCUGGACGGACCAUCACCUGUGCGAGAUGGUCCAGCCGGAUGCAAUGCGGGCGCCCGAGGUAUUUCUCAGAGCCGGAUGGGACGAGUCUGUUGAUUUAUGGAGCCUUGGACCGACUCUUCUCAGACUCCUCAACGACGAAGUCAUGGUCAUCACCGAAACCGCGGACGACAACGGCAACGUGGGUUACUCUGAGCCAUUCAUUCUGAUGCAGAUGCAGGAGCUGUUUGGCGGUGGCCGCUUUCCAGCGUCGCUGCUGGAGCGUGGACACCCCGAGUACGUCGAGAGCAUGUUCAACGAGAAGGGUAGGGUCACGGACUACGACGAUGAGGAGCCCGCAUCGUUCCGCGAAGGCCGCUGGACCGAGAACAUUCCGGAGAGCUUCCGUAAGGACGUCACUGACUGGUUCGAGUUUCUCAUGAAGCUCGAUCCUCGCGACCGGCCGAGCAUCCAGCAGCUUCUCGACCAUCCAUGGCUGAGCACCGAGCGCCAGAAGCCACGGCUGGACGACUCGCCCGAGGAGCAGGAUGAAGACGAGGGAGAAGAGCCGCGCGCAAAGCGCGAACAGGUCUAG